AUGGACUUUAAAGCCGUGUUCGGCAAGCAGCUGCACCAUGGCGCCUUCAACUCAAACAUGACCGCGGCGAACAUGAGCGGUAGCAUGCCGGGCCUCGAGGGUAUCAUUGCCCUAUUCGGCAGCCGCAACCCUCUAGUCCAGCUGUUUAUGUUGCUACACCAGGUUGUUGGUUCACGGAUAGGGAUCGAUCCCACCAUGAUCCUCACCCUGGCCGGGUUCGCCUGGGCAGCCAAUAAAAUAUGGCGCCAGUUCUUCAUGGUCAUCUACCGGUUCAUCGCAGAAUACAUGAUGGCCAGUAUACACGUAUCGAGCGGCGAUGAGAUCUACCUUCACAUGAUCAAGUGGCUGGCCUCACAGCCCAGGCUUGUCAACUCGCGGUCCCUUACCGCCGAGACCCUGUCCAAGACGGCGUGGGAGGAGGAGGACGAGGCAGACGUGCUGGCGACGAGGAUUUCGCCCGACGGGGAGGGCGUCUACCUCAACUUCUCGAACCAGGAGGCCAAGAUGCCGCCGAGGUUCGUCCCAGCGCUGGGCGUCCACGGCUUCUGGUUCGAGGGCCACUACUUCCGCCUGCACCGCAAGCAGGAGAGCUUCCUCGAGGACAGCGCCAGCGGCGGCCAGACCUUCAAGGACAAGGAGAACCUCGUCAUCUCGUGUCUGGGCCGCUCGCCCGAGCCCAUCAAGAGGCUGCUCAAGCACGCCAAGGAGGCCUACUACAAUGACCACUACGCGAAGACCAUCGUCAAGCGCCCUUCGCCGAUGAACAUGCGCCGGUACGGCGGCCGACACGCCUGGGCCCAGGUGGCUAACCGCCCCGUGCGGCCCAUGAAGACGGUCGUCCUCGACGCGAAGCAGAAGGUGCAGCUCCUGGCGGACGUAAACGAGUACCUCCACCCUGCCACGCCGAGGUGGUAUGCGAACCGGGGUAUUCCUCUCAGACGUGGAUAUCUCUUCCACGGCCCACCAGGAACAGGCAAGACGUCCCUGUCUUUUGCACUUGCUGGUGUCUUUGGCCUUGAUAUCUACGUCAUCAGUCUCCUGGAGCCGUCGCUUACAGAGGAGGACCUUCUGGCGCUGUUCAACUCCCUGCCGCGAAGAUGCGUCAUCCUGCUAGAGGAUAUUGACACCGCCGGCCUGGCGCGUCCAAAGGAGGAGCAAGACCAGGAUGUGGACGCCGAGGCUGAAGGUAAAGAAGGCAACAAAAGGGAAGGCGGCAGGGGCCGCAAGGGCGGCCGACCCAACGGCACCAGCGGCGACGGUGACGGCGGCAUGAACGACUGGAAGGUGUCGGACCUCGCGCGCGAGCUCAAGAAGCAGGGCGGGCCGGACGAGAAGAAGGGAAUCAGCCUGUCGGGCCUGCUGAACGCCAUCGACGGCGUCGCGUCGCACGAGGGCAGGGUGCUGAUCAUGACCACCAACAAGCCCGAGGCGCUGGACGACGCGCUGAUCCGGCCGGGCCGCGUCGACCUGCAGGUCGCCUUCACCAACGCCACGCAGGAGCAGGCGCGCGAGCUCUUCGAGAGGAUGUACGAGGCCGACUCGAAGCGCAGGCCGGCUGCCGCGGCCCCGCCGGUGAUGAACGGGAAGACGGAGGCGAACGGGCACGCCGAGAAGGCGAGCCACCACGCCGAUGAGCCGGAGCACCGCCCGAACGGGGUCCACGCCGGCAACGGCAACGGCACCGUCUCACGCGAGGCGCUCGACGACCACAGGCUCGACAUGACGCUCGACGAGCUCAAGGUGGUCGCCGCCGACUUCGCGACCAAGAUCCCGGACGGCUUCUCGCCGGCGGAGCUGCAGGGCUUCCUGCUCAAGAGGAAGAAGGACCCGCGCAGGGCACUUGCGGAGGUGGAUUACUGGGUCGAUGCGAUGAUGAGGCAGAAGGCGAGCAAGACGAAGGUGUUGCAGGUGCAGUGA